GAUCCUAAUGUGGGUUUUAUAUAAAGCUGGGAAAACAAUGCUUAUCUUUAUUGCUACGUUGCACCUUAUGAUGUUUUGCUAUGCACAGGCCAGAGAACAGCGCAUAUAUCCUCGCAUACUUAGAGAGCGCUCGACAGCAGGAAAGUUGGUUCUUAUGCUCAACAAGAUGAUAACACUUAAUCUAGAAAAGAGCACAGUCCUGGCUGACAACCUCCUUUUCGUUACAAGCACCAAAGCGCAAGAAAAGGUGGAAAUGGUAGACACGUCUGAUAUUCAACGGAGUAUAUACCAUGACACACAUUACCAGUCAUCCGUUAUGGUACAGCAGAAAGGCGACCAAGUGGAAGUCGAAGGAAUUGUGAAUCACAAUUUGCGAAUUACGCCUCUUCUUCAAGGGGAACGAUCACUCCACGGUCUGAUACCCCACGUCUUGUUUGAAGUACCAGAAGCGGAGAAUUUCAGCAAAGUUGAAAAGGAGUUUUUACGCCCACGGGAGCGAAGUGGCCACGACAACAGUCACGACAACAGGGUCAACUCUCCGCAACCACGAUCCUCAGGAUUUCACAGAUUUCCCGUAGAAGUUCACAUCGUUUCUGACAAGGCGCAUCAGCAAUACUUCAAGGAGAACUCCAAAUUGAUCGCAUAUUUGGCAGUGAUGAUGAACGCGGUGAACCUAAGGUACUUGGACACGACGAACCCCAAAAUUGACUUCCUUCUCGUCGGCGUAACAAGGGCUAAAGACUACGAGUUCGCUCGAACGGAGGGCCGUUAUAUUGACUCGGGAGAAAUGAUAACCGGACUAGAGCUUUACAAAAGUCAAGGAAGGAUACCAGGGGCCCAUGAUGUGGUGUACCUUAUCACUGGGUAG